AUUCAUGAAAUUAUUUUGCGACACGUCGUGAAUUUAUUCACAACUAUUCGUCAAUAUUUUCGAGACAAGUCGUGAAUAUUUUCCCGAUGUCGUAUAUUUUUUCACCGCUAGUCGCGAAUAGUUUUUCAUUUGCUUGGAGGACUUCUUGGUUGUCAAGACAUCAUUAUUCAGACAGUGCGUGGAGCCUGGGAAGACUGAACCAUGUGGCCAUAGCUGUGCCAGACCUUACGGACGCAGUCAAGGUAUAUAGAGAUGUGUUUCAAGCUAAAGUCAGUGAGCCGCAAGCCCUUCCUGAGCAUGGUGUGACUGUCGUCUUUGUGGAACUGGAAAACACGAAGCUGGAACUACUGGAACCCCUGGGUGACAACAGCCCCAUCGGAGGGUACUUAAAGAAAAAACCAGGGGGAGGUAUGCACCACGUAUGUCUUGAGGUCAACAACAUCUCAGAAGCCAUGAAAACUUUGCAGGAAAAGAAGGUCAAAGUGCUAGACCCUGAGCCCAAGAUUGGUGCCCACAGCAAGCCAGUGGUGUUCCUUCAUCCGAAGGACUGCGGUGGCGUUCUGGUGGAGCUUGAGGAGGCAUGAUGCAUGCUGUAACGUUAACCAUCCACGUGGAAAACUGUACAUUAAUGCCAUUUGGUCAUGCAGUAGCAUGCAUAUGGCAUCAUCAGGGCAUGACUGGGCUUGCCUGUUGUGGGCCAAGAUGGUUAUGGAGCCUCCGUGUCACGUUUGAGAAAUUUAUUUGUACAUGAUUGGCAGUCCCCUCUUGAAGAGCAUGCACAACUAAACACAAGAGGUAUUUUGCGUUGCGAGAGCUUGCAAAAAAAUUCACAAGCUCACUCGGGUGGGACUCAAACCCACCCACCCAGUAAGCAGGAGG